AUGCCGCAACAACAGCAAUUCGCGCAACCCCCGCAAGAGCUCAGGGUCACGAAGGGCAAAUACUCUCUGGCGGACUUUGACAUAUUACGGACCCUCGGCACCGGUAGUUUCGGCCGAGUCCACCUAGUCCAGUCGAAACAUAACCAGCGGUUCUAUGCUGUGAAGGUACUGAAGAAGGCGCAAGUCGUUAAAAUGAAGCAAGUUGAACACACGAAUGAUGAGAGAAAAAUGCUGGGAGAGGUCAAGCACCCCUUUCUGAUCACGCUGUGGGGAACCUUUCAAGACUCAAGAAAUCUCUACAUGGUAAUGGAUUUCGUGGAGGGCGGCGAGCUGUUCUCGUUGCUGAGAAAGUCUGGUCGCUUCCCCAAUCCCGUUGCCAAAUUCUAUGCUGCUGAAGUGACCCUCGCCCUCGAGUACCUUCACUCGCGAAACAUCAUUUACAGGGACCUCAAGCCAGAGAAUCUGCUCCUUGAUCGCCACGGACACCUGAAGAUAACGGACUUCGGGUUCGCGAAACGGGUGCCAGACAAGACAUGGACGCUUUGCGGCACUCCCGACUAUCUAGCUCCAGAAGUUGUUUCCAACAAGGGUUACAACAAGUCCGUUGACUGGUGGUCAUUAGGCAUUCUAAUCUAUGAAAUGCUGUGUGGAUAUACCCCUUUCUGGGACAGUGGAUCUCCAAUGAAGAUCUACGAGAACAUCCUCAGGGGCAAAGUGAAGUAUCCAGCAUACAUCAAUCCGGACGCUCAAGACCUCCUGGAGCGAUUGAUCACUGCCGACUUGACCAAGAGAUUGGGCAAUUUGUAUGGAGGGUCGCAAGAUGUGAAGACGCACCCUUGGUUUGCUGAAGUGACCUGGGACAGACUGGCGCGCAAGGACAUAGAUGCACCUUACACGCCUCCUGUCAAGGCUGGUGCAGGCGAUGCAAGCCAGUUCGACAGGUACCCCGAGGAUCCAGAACGAUACGGCCAAGGAGGUCAUGAUGAAUAUGGCCAAUUGUUUGGCGACUUCUAA